AUGGCGUCCGUCCUUCGAGAGCUUCGCCCGCGACCAGCACAAAAUCCCUACGAUCCAGACGCUUCGCGCCGCACCAAGCAGUCUGGUCCCAGGCAGACUCAUUUCCGGCUGACCCAAGUCAAAGGACGAGCUCAGAAUUAUGGCGGGCUAGUAAACACGUUCAGGCUAUCGACUCCAGGCCAUGUCUUCGUCAUGGACCACUGGAAGCGCACGAGGUCGUCCCUUCAACACGCCCAAGAGAACGAGGAUUGGACCCUGGUCACACACCGCGCAACACGCCAAAGGCUACAAAAACGCCUUUCUGAACGCAGCUUGCUACACGCAGGAAAAAAGCAGCUGCGGAAACUAGCAGAUGCCAAUGAGAAAGCUAUCGAGGCCUCUCCCGACCCUCCAGGAGUUUCUUCCGCCCCUGACAGGACCCCUGACCUUGAUGAGAUCCUAGGAGUCCCGGGACCCCCGAUACUGAUGCACACUUCUGGCCUGACGGCAACAACGGUUUCAUGGAAGAGCAAGAUGACGGAGAGCAAGAUGACGGAGAGCAAGAUGACGGAGAGCAGGAUGACGGAGAACAAGAUGACGGAGAACAAGAUGACGGAGAGCAGGAUAACGGAGGGCCAUUUUCGCCCUUGGUGA